AUGGCCAAUGAGAAUCACGGAAGCCCUGCGGAGGAAGCAUCUCUCAUGAGUCACUCACCUGGCACCUCCAACCAGAACCAGCCCAGCUCCCCCAAACCCAUGCGACUGGUGCAGGACCUGCCAGAUGAGCUGGUGCAGGCUGGCUGGGAGAAGUGCUGGAGCAAGCGGGAGAAUCGACCUUACUACUUCAAUCGCUUCACAAACCAGUCUCUGUGGGAAAUGCCCGUGCUGGGACAGCACGAUGUCAUUUCUGACCCUCUGGGAUUGAACGCAGCUCCACUGCCACUGGAAGGUGGGAUGAUCGAUACCUCUGUGGAGAGCAAGCAAAGGAAGAGGAGAUUCUCUGAGGAGGUUCCACCGAGCGGCAACAGUGUGAAAAAGCCCAAGGCGGACGUCCCAGGGAACCCAGCUGCUCAGCCGGUCCCCAGCUCUCCCAGUAUUCCAGGAACCUCUGUUUUGAAGGCAUGGUGUGUUUCACCUGAAGACAAACAGCAGGCAGCUCUUCUACGAGCAACUGAAGUAUAUUGGGACCUGGAUAUUCAGACAAAUGCGGUGAUUAAGCAGAGAGCACCAUCUGAAGUGCUUUCUCCACACCCCGAGGUGGAACUGCUUCGAUCCCAGCUCAUUCUCAAGCUGCGGCAGCAUUAUCGUGAGCUCUGCCAACAGCGAGAAGGGAUUGACCCCCCAAGGGAGUCCUUUAAUCGCUGGAUGUUGGAGAGGAAGGUGGUUGACAAAGGCACAGAUCCUCUUUUACCGAGUGACUGCGAGCCAGUAGUGUCUCCUUCCAUGUUCAGAGAGAUCAUGAAUGACAUUCCCAUCAGGUUAUCCAGAAUCAAGUUCCGCGAGGAAGCCAAGAGACUGCUCUUCAAGUACGCUGAGGCUGCGAAACGGCUGAUUGAAUCCAGGAGUGCUUCACCAGACAGCAGGAAGGUGGUGAAGUGGAACGUGGAGGACACCUUCAGCUGGCUGCGACGGGACCAUUCUGCCUCUAAAGAGGACUACAUGGACCGCCUGGAGCACUUACGCAAACAAUGUGGGCCCCAUGUGUCUGCUGCAGCAAAGGACUCCGUCGAAGGCAUCUGCAGUAAGAUUUACUACAUAUCGCUUGAGUACGUCAAGCGGAUCCGGGAGAAGCAUCUUGCCAUCCUCAAAGAGAACAAUAUAUCUGCGGAGGUAGAAGCUCCCGAAGUCCAGGACAGGCUCGUGUACUGUUACCCGGUGAGACUGGCCAUCCCCUCCCUGGAAAUGCACAUGGAGAACAACGUGGCGUGCGUGCGGUACAAGGGCGAGAUGGUGAAAGUGAGCCGCAACUACUUCAGCAAGCUGUGGCUCCUCUAUCGGUACAGUUGCAUUGAUGACUCUGGCUUUGAAAAGUUCCUGCCCAGGGUUUGGUGCCUUCUCCGCCGAUACCAGAUGAUGUUCGGUGUGGGUCUGUACGAAGGAACUGGGCUGCAGGGGGCACUUCCCGUGCACGUCUUUGAAGCCCUCCACAAGCUCUUUGGAGUGAGUUUCGAAUGCUUUGCCUCGCCCCUGAACUGCUAUUUUAAACAGUACUGUUCAGCCUUCUUGGAUACAGACGGGUAUUUUGGAUCCAGGGGCCCGUGCCUGGAUUUCUUCCCUAUAAGUGGCUCUUUUGAGGCAAAUCCUCCGUUCUGCGAGGAGCUGAUGGAUGCCAUGGUCUCUCACUUUGAGAAACUGCUGGAGAACUCCAGUGAGCCUCUCUCCUUCAUCGUCUUCAUCCCCGAGUGGCGGGACCCUCCGACGCCGGCGCUGACCCGCAUGGAGCAGAGCAAGUUCAAACGGCACCAGCUCAUCCUGCCAGCCUUCGAUCACGAGUACCGCAGCGGGUCUCAGCACGUCUGCAAAAAGUAGGCCUGUGCCUGGGGUCCUUCUGGGAAUGUGUUUCUGGAGCUGUGUGCCGGCUUUGCCAGGUGGGAGCCCACGCCGGAGCGGCUGCAGGAGCUCGUUGCAGCCUACAAGCAUUCAGGCCGGACCCUCAGCUCCUCAUCCUCCUCCUCCUCGUCCUCUUCCUCCUCCUCCUCUGCAGCAGACAAAGAGCGGGAACUGGGCCGAGAGCAAAGCAGCAGCCGGGAGACUAAUCCCAACUAA